AUGUGCUCAGUGCUUAAACCACGGGCAGCAGAACCGUGGCUCCAGGAAGCCUCGGAGGCCGCGGGGAGUAGCACCCUGGCUUGGGGCUCCUCAGGCUUCGGAGUGCACACCAGGCACCUGCCGACGGUGUCCAAGCGCAGAGUCCAGGUGGGAGCCCCCCGCACCCCACUCCAGGGGGGCGAACGGGAGCAGGCAGGCGUGAGAGAGCCGGCGCCCCGCCCCCUGACGCCGCCACUUGCCUCCCCAGCGUGGCUGACGGUGGGCAUCUCCUCGCGGCCCCGACCGGGGCCCGACCCCAGCGGCCUCCUGUACACUCUCCUCUCGGUGUUCCGCGCCACCUCGAAGGUGGAGCAGAAGCGCCUCACGGUGCUGGUGCACCUGGCGGGCGCCGACCCCGCCUGGCUCGGGGAGACCGUCCUGAAUAUUUCCAGCCUCUUCAGCCCGCAGAUCUUGGCGGGGCUGCUGCUGCUGAUCCACGCGCCCCCAGACGCCUACCCGCCCGCGGGCGCCGGGGCCUCCGGCCGGGAGCUCUACUCUGAGCAGAACGUGGAUCACGCCUUCCUCAUGAGCUCUGCCUCGAAGCUCUCGGAGUACUUCCUGCUGCUGGAGGACAACGCCUUCUGCGCCCCCAACUUCAUCAGCCACGUGCAGUGGAAGGUGGACACGCUGCGGUCUCAGCCCUGGGCCUUCCUGGAGUUCGCCAACCUGGGCGUCCUGGGCAAGCUCUUCCGCAGCAGCGACCUGCCGACGCUGGCCCACUUCGUGCUCCUCUUCUACCGGGAGAAGCCCCUCGACAGGCUGCUCGCCCACUUCCGCGUCCUCCUGGCCCAGAAGGACCCCAUCCUGUGCACGCCCUUCCUCUUCUACCACAGAGCCACCUACCACCCCCUGAACGAAGGGCAGAAGGCCUCGGGCGCGCGCAGGAAGAGCCCCUACGCCCCUGACAACCCGCCGGGAGCGGCCUUCACCGACAUGAAGGUGUUCGAGGUCCACUUCCCCUGGGAGGCCUACACUCUGGACGAGUCCUUCUUCUGGACCCACAACGUGAGUGCUGGCAACCACCUGACGGUCAUCCUGAACCAGCCAGCCGACCUGAGGAGGGUGCAGGUGCUGACGGGCACCAUCGUGGAAGGCAGGCACGCCCUGGAGAGGGGGCAGGUGGAGCUGGGCUACGGGCCCGAGGGCAUGCCGCAGCGCUGCUCCAGCUUUGUCCUGCUGGGCCGCCUCCUGGAGGGGCAGCUGGAUCAGGAGGUAGUGCCCAGGUCUGUGGGGCACCAGGUGAGCUGCGUGAGGCUGCUGGCGAACGCCAACCAGGCGGGCGGGCUCAUCGUCAGGCACAUUUACCUCUGGGAAGAGCAUGCCAGAGACACGGGCCACUCGGGAUGA